AUGGAAGUUUUUCUGCUACUCUGGAUGUUCUUCGAGUACGCGGAUGCGGUUUUUCUGCAGUUGCUAGCCGAUCCGGUGGAUGAUCGGUUGCUGCUACAGAUGAACAGGGUUUAUACGCAGACGCUGCCUGCCGCCGAGCCGCUGCUUUUUGAUAUCAGCCUUUUCCAGUCUUGUCCUCAAUUUAACCUGAUACUCACCACUGAAUCGUACGAUUCGACACGGGUCCUUUUCUCCUAUAAUUUCAAAGGUGAUUUGACGGUGAGUACGAACUCUUCAAAAUUACUCCCGCCCUCCGCCGCCCCGCUCAGCGAGCACCAUGAAUGUCGUGAAUUCAAGCGAAAAUCGAUCGAAAUGAAGGUCACCAGAACCGACUUCAACUACCGGAUAUCGAUCGGGAAAAAGUCGUUUCUGAGGCCGCGCGACCCGAACUCGAACGAUUUGCGGAUAUUUAUUCCCCAGCAAACGGAUUGCUGCCUGAUUCGCGCGCUGCUUUUUCAGCCUGAAAUGCCGAGCACGCCGACGCCGGUGAUUUUGAGGCGAUCAAAAUUGACGCCAGGCGAUCCUUUCGCCGAAAAGGCGGAAGCCAUUGAAGCGGCGGCUACACGCUCCUAUGAACACCCAACCAUCGCCAGCCUGGCCGACGACAAGGAGGCGGCCAAUACACUUUACUCGUGGACCCGAAAAAUCAACGAGGGCUGGAACACGACGUUCCUCGCCUUUGGGGCCGUGAUGGUGUUGCUCUUCGGAGGUUUCUCCGUUUUCGGCCUGGUGAUGUUCGUCUGCCUCCAGAAGCCACCGAAGCAUUGGGUCGAGCACAGCGCCAUCGCCGCCUCGACCAUCAACACAUUCCGCAGCGUGCUCAGCAAGCAAUCCUCACAAAAAGCGAAUAAUUUUGAUGAA